AUGAUACUUGGAUAUCUGGUUAUUUCAUUGAUUAUACUAUCCAUCUUGUCUGCUCUGUUGUUCUGGGUCAGAAUAGCUGGACUGGGCAUACUGAUAUUUAUUGUAUAUAGGCUUUAUAAGACCUAUAUUAAAGGCGGCGAGAACAUAGAGUCAUCUCCUCUUGAAUUUGUUAUUGUGGCAGCCAUCACAAUUAUAUUUGUAAUACUGUUCAGGUGGGUGGAGGAGCUUAUUAUAGAUCUUAUCAUUUGUUUUUUGGGAUCCUCGGUCAUUCUUGGAUUCUCCCACGGAUAUUUUGGAUUUCCAGGGGACUAUGAUGCAUUUUACAGUUCAUUUUUUGAAAAGGGAAAGACCAUGGAGACGGUGAGAAACAUUAACUUUCUAUACGUCACCAUACUGACGGUUGCUUGUACAUUUGCGCAAAGAAGUGUUUAUAUAAAAUAA